UGUGCAGCUCUGAGCGGCAGCAGCAGGGUUUGCGUCGCACAUGUUUAAUGGAAAAAAACCAGUAAAGCGAGGGGAACAAAAGCUGCGUGAAAUGAGAGAGUGAGCAGAAGAAUACACACAACACAGAGCCCCCUAGAAGACCUUCUGCUGAGAGCUGGAGGAGGACAUCAUUAUCCGUCGACAUGGAUCUUCAUGAUAAAGAAAUUAUCCCUGGAGAGAUUCUUCCUGUGGUGAUCAUCGGUAAUGGCCCCUCAGGGAUCUGCCUCUCCUACCUGUUGUCGGGUCACACCCCCUACCUGUCGCCGGGGGCCUCCCACCCAAACCCCCUGCUGCACAGCAAGCUGGGGGAGCAGCCACACCUGUCACUGCUGGAGCAGGAUCUGGAGUACCUGUGUGAGGGUCUGGAGGGCCGCUCCUCUAACCCGGUGGCAGUGCUCUUUGAUUCGCUGCUGCUCCCCGACAGCGACUUCGGUCUGGAUCACUCGUCGCCGCUGGACUGGAGAUACGAGCCGGAGAGAGCCAUCCCCCAUCUGGUGCUUGGGAGGGGUCCGCCGGGGGGGGCCUGGCAUGCUAUGGAGGGCUCAAUGCUAACGCUCAGUCUGGCUAACUGGAUGGAGCUGCCUGGACUCAAACUCAAAGACUGGAUGAGGGAGAAACGCAGAAACGUCCGAAAUGACCGCGCCACCCCCGCAGAGAUCGCCUCCUACUACCAGCACUACGUUUCCCAGAUGUCCCUGGAGCAGAACUUUGCCUCUGGGACGACCGUUACCUCGGUAACCAGGCAGCCUGGCAACCAGGACGGAACGCCGCCCUGCUGGAGGGUAACGGGACUGCAGCGGCGCGAGGGAGAGGAGCUCGGAGAUGGUUCCUCUGUAUCCGACGAGGUCCCGUUCUCGCUGCUGGCUCAUAACGUGGUUCUGGCGACGGGAACCCACGACAUCCCGGCCCGGCUGGGGGUGGAGGGAGAGUCGCUGCCCCACGUCUGCCACUCCUUCUGGGAGCUGGAGGCCGCCAUCUCCCGCGGGGAGCUCGACCAAUCGGCGGACCCCGUGCUGGUGGUGGGGGCGGGGCUUACGGCGGCGGACGCGGUCCUGGCCGCCCAUCACCUGAACACGCCGGUGUACCACGCCUUCAGACGCUCCGUCAACGACCCGGGGCUCAUCUUCAACCAGCUGCCCAAACUGCUCUACCCGGAGUACCACAAGGUUCACCAGAUGAUGACUCAGCAGCAGUACCAGCCCGCCCCUCCCCCGCAGAGCCACGGCCACACCCUGCAGACCCCUCCCUCCUCCUCGUCCUCGUCCUCCUCCUUCCCCCCCGCCUCCCCUUCCUCCUCCUACUCGGGGUACCUCAGCUUCCCGCGCUACCGGGUGGUGGCGUUCCGACCCGACAGGAAGUGCGUCCUGGAGUCGGACUCGGGCGAGCGCACGGUGCUGCAGAUCUCCAAAGCGCUGGUUCUGAUCGGAGCCCACCCCAACCUCUCCUUCCUGGGGGACAACGGCCGGGCGCUGGGGGUCAACCCGGAGGAGCCCAUCACUUGCCGCAGGAACCCCGUGGACGUGGACCCGUUCACCAACAAGGUGCUGGCGGCGGAGGGGCCCGGGUUGUACGCCAUGGGCCCGCUAGUCGGGGAGAACUUUGUCCGCUUCCUGAAGGGGGGAGCGCUGGCCAUCGCGAGCGACUUGGCAAAGAGACAGCAGGGGGAGGGGGACAAAUACCUGAUGAAGGACAGAUUCAUAGACAGACAGCAGGCAGAAACAGAGGUCCGGGAGUCGUAGCACGGGACGGAAACAGAGGUCCGGGAGUCGUAGCACGGGACGGAAACAGAGGUCCGGGAGUCGUAGCGCGGGACGGAAACAGAUUUCAAAUCUAAAACUAAAACAGAAAUCGCUGCUAAGACGAUUUUACGACGGACUUGCACUGGUUUGGGGAAAAUGAGAAAGUCUGCUCUGAGAAACGGUCGGUCAGAUGUGGGUUGGACUCUGGAGGGAAGGACAGGAGCGCUUUAUCACUUCAUGUGUUGGAAGGCUCUACUUUACCCACUGGACAAAACCCAAAAACUGAUGAAAUUUGGUAUUUAUAAUUUAUAUUUGUGUAGUCUGAGAAACACUAAAAAAAACCCACCUAAAGCCAAACGUCUACCUGCUAUGAGAAAAAGCCCAUCGCCUGUUUUUAGCGUGUUUACCACUGUUUGAAAAACCUGCAUUUACGCACAAUUUGACGUGUUGGCAUUAGUUCCUGGAGGUCGUGAACCCCAGCAUCACUUUAUAUGUUUUAAUGUUUCCCUUUAGUCCACGGGACAAAAAAAACCACUUAAGAUAAUAAUAAAUACAUAGAUUUUAUAAUUUAUUAACAUAGAAGGCCUUUAUUUUUUAACGUAAUUUACCAACAGCAUAUUAACACACUUUUUAAAACCUCUGUGGCCCUAAUCCUCCUCUGUGCAAAGUGAAGUGUCCAUCGCCUACUUUGAUUAGGUGUUAAAAAGCUUCAUACACACACAUCUCUAUGGAAAAGGUUAAAGGAUCUGACUGUUCUGGAUUUUGGACGAUGACACUGUAUGUAUAACAAAGCUCUGGUGUCCAUAUAUUGCGCAACACUGUUGUUACUUAAAGGCACGAUGAGUGGAGCUCGUCUGUUGGCCCCGUUAUAACAUCAAUUAAUUAAUAGCGUGUUAAAAUCCUAGUUUCUUAAAGUCCAAUCUGACGUCCUAGACCAAAAGGUAUUCAAUUGAAUCUAAAAUGUAGAAGAAAAGGACAUCUCCAAAUGUGAGAGGCUGAGAAAAUCCAUUUCUAUCUUUUGUUUUUGUCACAAAAUAAUUACGUAAGAUUUUCAAAACAGUUAACAAUUAUUUUUGGUUGAUUGGCUUAUAAUUGCAGAUUUAAUUUGGGUCCAUAAAUGUUUUUUUUUUAAUGGAAAUCCCACUCAUCCUGCCUUUUUAAAACAACUAACAAACAUUCUCUUUAUGCUGGUUUAUACUGAGACCCGUCAGCGCCCUCUGGCGGUCAGAUGGUGUAACGCAGACACCUCAAACACACCUGGGUCCAUUUACCUGGGAUCAUUUACAAUCAUCUGUAAUUACAACAUACUGUAUGACGGUAAAUAUUGUAAAUCUAUUUCAGGCUUAUUCAACCAAACUCGACUUUAAAUAUGACCAUUUUUCAAACUUAUUUAGCUCAAGAGGAACGGCACACACACAGAGGAAGAGGAGAUAUUUUAAAACGUGUGGAAGGAAGGCAAGAUUAGAGGCAGUAAUUGAAGAUUUAAAGACAGAGUAAUGGAUGUAAAGUGAGUUUCUUCUCACUCCUGUAGAGCAAGAACCACUACAGUCCCUUCCUGUUAGCCUCUCUGCUAACACACGAGCUAAACAGCCUUUGUAUUUGUUUUAAAUGAUGUGUAACGGGGAAAAUCCACACGUUUCUGUUGGUAAGGUGUUUGAUUUUACACUGUCGCAUGUUUGCUCCUCUGUACAUCAGCCUCCGUGUUUGUAUAUUAUGGGCUUUAUGAAUCUAAGGUGCUUUAUUUUUCUAUUUUCCACUCAUGUCAACUGUACCUGCUUUAAUAACCUUUUUUACUCUGGAAAGGUUUUAUACUUCACAAAACGAAAGAGAAAGUGUAUAUUUUUUCCAUUGAAAAUGUUGUAAAGGUAAUAAUAUAAAUGACUGACGAUAACGUGGUUGAGAUCAUGUUGAUUUCAGCUAUAAAGAACAUUUUCUCUGAUUUAAUUUAGAUUUUUUUACUACUUUUAUGCACCUUUUUUAUUUACGUUUGAUCCCCAAAAAAAAGGUUUUGGUUUCUUUAAAAACAUUUGCCGGUAAUUCACAACUUAUUUCUGCUCAAUAUAAUACAAAAUAAGGUUUUCUUUUAUUCACUUAAAAGAAAAACGCUUUGAAAAAUGUUCCUUUUUAUAUUUUAUUAAGCGCUAAAAAAACACGUAAUAGUAAAAACUAAAAUCAGUCAUUAAGUAAAGAAGGCAAACUGCAGGAGGAACACCACUCGAGUUGUUUUUCAAAAUAAGAGUCCUGAGUUUGAGUAUAGAUAAAGCUCAUUCAAUCAGCUGCUCACUGUAGCUUCAAACCAAAGUCAAAAUCAAAAGUGAGAAAAGAGUUCAUUUUUUAAACUUGAACAGUAUUUUGAUUUGUUUUCAGGCUUCACACACACAGCACUUUUGUAGUAAGGCUGCAACCAUUCUAUUUUUUGAUUUGCUCUACAAAUAAUAAAGAUGAUAAACUGUCCAUAGAGAGCUUUAUUUGUGAGGGAUGCAUAAACACGUUUAAAAAAGUGCAAACACUAAUCAGACAUUCACAAAUAAAAUCGAUAUUACAAUAAAGAAGAAACCCUAAAAACAAGACCAAAUAUUUUACAAUUAGUGAAGAAUAAGGAUAAGGUUUAGUCGUUUCCGUACACUGAAAUGUAUCCGGACGUCCCUUUAAACAGUCAGCAAAAUUCUAUCAUUUGUUUUUCUUUAAAUGUCAGUUUUCCCCAAAGAUACUCAGUUUGCUGUCUUAGAGUAAAGACACCAGAACAUAUUCACAUUUAAGAAUCUGGAAUCAGAACAUACCGUCUGUUACCUUUUUCUAAACCUACACACUAAAUAAAAACACUGAAUUGAGUUUAUUUUGUCCAAUACAUUAAAUAAAUUGUGCAUAUAUUCAGUUUAUCAUCGUGACUCAAACAUUCGAGAAGUUCUACAUUUGGGAGGCAAAUUUAACCUAAAACUACAAACGAUUGAGUAAAAAUAGCUGCUUAUGUCAGUUUAACUAUUUAUCUACAGAUUUCAACUCAACCACAAACCUAUGGAUGCAGAGAAACUCUCCUUGUUAAAAUGACCUUCCACGUAUAUAGUAUUUCAUACUGAAUGAAGAGUGAAUACUUAGCAGGCGUUUCUUUGUAGUUGUAUCACUCUGUCUGAGUGUGGUGCCUUAAAGGUUAAAGGUCCCCUCUAGUGCUUCUCCGGUUAUAACCCGUCCUCUCUGUUAUGUAGCUUUCUCUGUCUGUAACCGGUCUGCAGAGUCACAAACCCUCAAAGCACACCCUGUAGAGAGUAACACUCUGAAGCAGAACAGACGUGUCCACGCUGCCCUCAAACGCCUCGUUGGAGAUUUUUCCUUUUCCUUUUUUCUUCCGGGGGCUUUUGACGUCACUAAAUCUGGAGACCAAUCGGCAAGAUGGCACGCCCAUAGCUGUAGACCAACAGGCACACCCUCUGCCAGCCGAGCAUCUUCUGUUGGAAGGCUGAAAUGUGAGGAAGUACUGUGGCCUGAAAUGUGAGGGGACAUGUCAUCUGUUUGCCUUAGCGAAAGCAGAACCACGCAGAACUCAGUGGUUGAAAUGUAUUUGAACUCUGUUCCUUCAACGGUUCGAGGUACUUCAGAAACCUUGCACAGGUUGAUGCCGAUAUGCAAAGCGUGCAGUACUGAAGGACGAGGCCGUUCCUACUCUGUUGCAGCUCUAACAUCUGAAAUGUAAGAGCGACACAAAAUAAAAACGUUCCACUGUGAAACCGCCUGCUCCAGUCCCUACUGGUACGGUGGAUCAGGUCCAUCACGUUGGUCUGUGUGCUUUUCAGGAUCGGACAACGGUUCAAACAUAUAUGGCUGUACCGCCGUCACUGUAACAGACUGAUGCUCAGUUGUAAUGGGAAGGCUGGGAACGCACUCUGUUUGACAGGGACCAAUCAGAACACACUGGGCUCAUGGGGGGGGGGGGCAGGAGCUCCAACAAGGCGUUAGGACAGAGAGUGAAUAGAGAUACUACACAGAGAUGCUGUAUGAGAAAACCAAUGUGAUUUUGGAACAUUGAACAAUGUAAUGCUAGUACACCUCAACAAUGGAACUAUGAUCAGUAAAACCUGCCUCAAUAUGGGACCUUUAAGACCCUUCACUCACACACGUUGUGCAGCAUAACUCAUGGAAAGUCUUCAACAUGUUUCCUGUUCGUAUGGUUUGAUUUAUAUAUGAUUUAUUAUAAGUUCUGUAUUUCAAAUCUGUGUCUUUGUCUGUGGGUUUCUAUUAAAAUGAUAUUUUUCAGCUA